AUGUCCUCCCUACGGUUCGAUGGCCCUUUGAGACUGGCCAACCAGUUGACCAAUAUACAAUCUGUCUCGUUUGAUACUAGAGAAAAUUCAGAAAUUUCCAACCAUGUCAAGUCAGGGUCUGCGUACCUCGGUGUGACAGGACCAGCGGGCGGGGUCCCCAUCGCAGCCCAGGGAGUAUAA